AUGGACGAUAGUGCUGCUAAAAUUAUUGGAAAUCAUGACAGCCUUUUGACGGACCCAAGAAUAGCUCAGGAUUUUAGCGCUGAAACAGACGAGUUGCUGAGUAAGGCCGAGAAUUGCUUUAAGGUAGGCGACUUCGAGCUAGUUAUGGAGGAGCUCAUUCUGCUGGAGAAGAAAUGCAGGCAGUCGUACGACGGAGCAUCGACGAGCAAGAUUUGUUGUUUCAUUUUAAAUAAAUACAAGCAAACGGAAAAUUACGAAAAGGUGAGUGAGUACUUAGUUUUUUUUAAUAAAAAAAGGGGUCAGUUAAAAAGAACUAUAAUUGAUAUGAUAAAUUUGUGUAAAAACUGGAUUAACGAAAUUGAGGAUAAGGAAACAAAGUUAAAUUUAAUAAAUACGUUAUGUGCAAUUAGUGAAGGAAAAAUUUUUGUUGAGGUAGAGAGAUCGGAAAUAAUAAAAAUAUUAUCAAAAAUUAAAGAGGAUGAUGGAAAUAUAGAAGAAGCUGCAAAUAUAUUACAGGAGGUACAAGUAGAAACAUUUAUAUCUAUGGAUAAAAGAGAUAAAACAGUGUAUAUAUUAGAACAAAUGCGAUUAGUAUUAUUAAGAAAGGAUUAUAUUAGAUGCCAUGUUAUAAGUAGGAAAAUAAAUCCAUCCCUUUUAAAUACAGAUGAGUUUGCCGAUUUGAAAUUAACAUAUUAUAUGUAUAUGAUUGAAUAUUACAUUAAUGAAGAGUCAUAUUCAGAUGUAGCAACAUGUUAUGAAGAACGGUUUAAUACAAAUAUUGUGUUAAAUGAUCCAAACCUUUGGAUUAAUGAACUUAAAUGUUAUAUAAUUUUUUUAGUUCUUUCACCAUUUGAUGAACAACAGAGUAAAUUUUUAAAUUUAGUUAAAAUUGAAAAAAAAAAAUUAAAAGAAAUACCAAUAUUUGAACAAAUUGUUAAAGAUUUUAUUAAUCAAGAUUUAAUAGUAUGGCCUUUAUCAUAUCAAGAACACCUACUUAACUUUUUUAUUUUUAAUGAUACAAAAUUUGUGGGUGGACAAAAUAGAUGGAAUUUAUUUAAAAAAAAAGUAAUGCAUCAUAAUAUUCAUGUUAUAUCGAAUUGUUAUAAUCAAAUAUCUUUAAAUAGAUUAUCAGAACUCUUAAAUGCAACUGUUGAUGAGUCAGAAAGUUUAUUGUCUGAACUCGUUUCAAAUAAAAUGCUAAGUUCUAAAAUUGACAGAUUACAUGGGAUUAUAAAAUUUGGACAAAAAAAAAAUCCUGAAAAUAUAUUAAAUAAUUGGUCUCCUCAAAUUAAUAAAAUCUUAGAUCUCCUGGAGGAAUCAUCUCACUUAAUACAAAAGGAAAGGAUGCUCCAUGAAGCCAAAAUUAAGCGGAUGCAACUCGAGAAUAAGAGAAUCUGA